AUGAGAGAAUGUAUCAGUUUACAUGUUGGUCAGUGCGGGGUACAGACCGGAAAUGCAUGUUGGGAGCUAUUCUGUCUGGAACAUGGAAUCCAACCCGACGGUCUUUUGCCGGACGGAAAUCUACUACAGUUUGCCGAUGACUCGUUCCAAACGCUAUUCUAUGAAACUGGUGCAGGAAAAUUUAUUCCUCGAGCCGUUUUGGCCGAUUUGGAACCGACAGUGGUGGAUGAAGUGCGAACCGGAACCUAUCGAAAAUUAUUUCAUCCGGAACAGAUUAUCUCUGGGAAAGAAGAUGCCGCGAACAAUUAUGCCCGGGGACAUUUUACCGUGGGUCGGGAUCUUAUGGAUCUUGUGUUGGACCGAAUUCGAAAAUUGGCCGAUCUGUGUGGUUCACUGCAAGGGUUUCUGAUCUUUCAUUCGUUCGGCGGUGGAACCGGUUCCGGGUUCACGGCUCUCCUCAUGGAGCGUUUGGCCUCUGAUUAUGGGAAAAAGUCCAAAUUGGAGUUUUCGGUCUAUCCGUCCCCACGCGUCUCCUCGUCUGUUGUCGAACCGUACAAUGCUGUGUUCAAUACACACACAACAUUGGAAUUAUCCGAUUGCGCAUUCAUGGUUGAUAAUGAGGCCCUGUAUGACGUAUGCCGACGAAAUUUGGAUGUGUACCGGCCAACAUUUACGAAUAUCAAUCGGCUCAUUGCCCAGGUGAUCAGUAGCCUCACAGCUGCAUUACGAUUUGAUGGCUGUCAAAAUGUGGAUCUACUAGAAUUUCAAACCAAUCUUGUACCAUACCCCCGGAUUCACUAUCCGCUGACCACAUAUGCACCGACAGUAUCUGCCGAGAAAGCUUAUCACGAGAAACUGUCGAUCUGCGAACUGACUAGUUCGUGCUUUGAACCGGUCAAUCAGCUAGUCAAAUGUGAUCCACGACAGGGGAAAUAUAUGGCUUGUUGUUUACUCUAUCGAGGUGAUGUUGUUCCCAAUGAAAUUCAUGAGUCCAUAUGCUGUUUAAAAUCGAAACGGACAAUUCAGUUUGUGGACUGGUGUCCGACUGGAUUUAAAGUUGGCAUUAACUACCAACCGCCGACCGUAAUCCCCGGUGGGGAUUUGGCUAAAGUACAACGUGCCGUGACCAUGUUGAGCAAUACGACCGCGAUUGCGGAGGCAUGGGUACGUAUGGAUCACAAGUUCGAUGUCAUGUACGCGAAACGAGCGUUUGUACAUUGGUUUGUCGGUGAAGGAAUGGAAGAAGGGGAGUUCGCCGAGGCUAGAGAAGAUUUAGCCGCAUUGGAAAAAGACUACGAGGAGGUUGGUUAUGAUAGCAUUUUAGAAGAGGACGAAGUCGAAUACUGA